AUGAAACACAAAAAGCAAGCGGAGGGGAGACUUGGGAAACCUCAAGGAGUGUGGGAACCUCCAGCUACAACCCCUCGAACACGGGGCCUUCUCGCGCAGAGAGCAUCAGGGGUCGACCUCUAUAGGACCUCCUAUCCACCACGGAAGCAGGGAACCCCCAAGAAGGGGAAAACACAGAGCCCAGACUCACAUCACUGGGCACCACGAUCACCCACCUCACGAGAUAAUACCAGCAGGCACGGCAGAGGGGCACCCAGAGCUGUAAGGCAGAAAUCCUCACCACUGUCGACAUGCCGAACCUCUGCAAUAGCUCUGAGAACAGAUCCAAGCCAUCCCCACCGAUAUGCCGGGACCCAGCGGUGGCACAUACAUCCGGACAGCGCAAGAAACAACCAGCGCAUUAAAGGACUGUGACAACACCUGUCAACUGCCGUGCGAGCGGGACUGGCCUUACAUGCCCAAGGGAGCGAGGUAUGCCAGCGCUUGUCCAGCUCCUACAAUGCCCCAGCCAGCCCCACUGGCCCCAGUUAGGGCCACGACACACGAGACAUUUGCACUCCUGGGUUACUGAUCCCACACUCAUGGGCAUCGGCUAAAAGGAC